AAGAAGAUCAACAAUGAUUACAAAUGAAGCUACAUUAGUGAAAACCCAGUUAAGAAAAGGAAGGUCAUCAGAACAACAGAGAUUUAGCACAGACUGUGAGAGAAAACUGGAAAUCACACAUAUAGAUAAAAAAGUACCUUCUAAAAUCCCUUUGUCAGAAGUUAAAGAAGUGGAAGUACCUGUCCCUUAUGAGAUCCAUCAGGUGGAUGGUAGUCGGUGCUUGAAGUGUUUGGACGACAUUUCUCAUCAGUCUUCUGACGAAGAACUAAAUUUAAAAGCAUUUUCUGAAAGAUUAGCUUCCACUGAGCCCCUGUGCAAGUCAAACAACAACUCUGUGAGAUGUGAAAGUGCCCAAUCAGAUUCUUCACUCCCAGAAUUUCAGAAAGUGUCUGCAGCUUGGAUUGACAUCUUGGAAAGCUCCAUUUCAGACUCUGAAUUAGAGAUGAAAAACGGAGAGGACACAAAUGUUAGUAUCCCAGAAGAGUUUACCUAUGACAAUGGUGCUGCAUUUCCUAAUGUUUCAAAAGGGAUGCUAAUAGUAAUAAGUAAUGGAAAGGAAACGUUACCUAGAGACAAACGUGAUGAACAUGAAGUACCCAAAGGUGAUAAUACUUCAUCACGCUCCCAGAAACACCCUGGAGGUGUUUCAGAUAAUGGCUGCACUGAUCGCUUGCUUUCUUUCAUUCCAUCAAACAAAGCAAAUGCCUCCAAAACCAAGUCAGCAUAUUCCUCCCAAUCUGACAACCCUGGCAGGGGAAUGGAUGAGCCACAUCUGGAUGCCUUGGAAAACUACAGCAGAAACAAAACCUGGUUUCAGGAGAUCACAAAAGAGGGUAAAGACGCAGUUGCCAGCUUUUCUUGCAGUGAUGACACUCACUCACUGAAGAACUAUGAACAGCAGAAACCUAGUUAUCCAACUAGCAGAGUGAAAAAGGAUGAUGGAAUUGGCAGUUUAUUUGUGGAUAAAAAUAGAGACUUAACAGGGUUUCCGCUGGCAGGUUCUUUGAAACAUCUAGACUUGGUUGCUGACCAACUUAGGAACACCAUCUCUUUCCCACCUGACAAAGAUAUUACAAAUAAUGAACCAUUAGCAUGUCUAUCUUCAAGAACCUUAUCAGUUUCAGGAGGUGAAGAUAAUCGUGCGCAGCUUUUGAAUGAGACACUCGCAUCCAGCAAACUCAGUAAGAUCAUAUCUCUGUCCAUGACCAUGCCAGGAAUUUCUGAAGAAGCCCGUACAGAAACCAAUUCAUUCAAGUCUUUGCAAAGGGUGGCCACAGGAAAUCAAAAUAACUCACCAACUGAAAGUCAAGCCAAAAAGGAAGUGAGGGCACUAUUUUCUUCUGCCUCCUCAAAAAAGCAAUUGUUUCAAGCCGAGAACUGCUUUUCCAAAGGUGAAGACAACACAAAUUUUAUUAGUGAUGAGGGUCUUCCUCCAGCUGAUGAGGAUACCUUGUCAGAAAUACUGUCUCCUGUUGAUGAAGUAUUGUCCUAUGGAAGUGCUGACUUGCCAUCCUCUAAUAAAAAGGAUUUGUCAUUUCCAAGUGAAGAUCAUCAUCAUCAUCCUCCUCCUCUCCCUCUAGGUGCAGAUGCAAUGAAAAAUGAAGAUCCUAGCUUCAGUAUGGAUGAUUUCCUAUGUCCACCAGAACAAAUGACAGCCUCAGAGACUAGACAGUGUAUGGAUGAAGAUAUAUCACCAAAAAUGGAUGCAUUAUCCCCAUUACCUGAUAACACUGUGCCUGAAGAAUUUCCCCUGCUUAAUCAAGAGACAACUGAUGUUUUUUCAACUCAGGAUGGUAGUCUCUCAGAACAAUCUUUAACAAAAGAUAUUUCCAAUGCAAAGGAGAGAUUACUAGAAUACCAAAAAGGGGAACAUGAGAUGCCUUCUCAGCAUUUGGAGUUUCUGCCUGUGUCAAAUCCUGUUUCUUCUGGUCAGGCCAGUAAAAGUCCUGACUUCACGAUGAAACAAUGCAAAACAUAUUUAAUGCUGCCCAAAGCUGAGGAGGACACUGAUGAUCCCUUACUGUCAUUUGAAAUUGGGGACAGAGUGUUAGUAAAGCAGAGCCAAGCUGGUACCCUAAUGUUUAAAGGACGUACUUGUUUUGAUAGUGGCCAUUGGGCUGGUGUUGCACUUGACAAAGCUGAAGGUGAUAAUGCUGGAACUUAUAAAGGGGUGAAGUAUUUUGAGUGUGCUCAGCACUGUGGUGUCUUUGUCAGACCCGAUGAGAUCUCUCACCUGUUGGGGGCUAACAAAAACAGUUGCAGUAACACUGGGGACAAAGACUCUGACUCCUAUGAUGAUGAAUCCUUCAAAGGAGACCACAAAUACUCUGAAGAUGAUGGGCAGGGAGGAGGGCUUACAGAGCAGAAAGCAGAAGACACAAGCAAUGCAGGAGGAUCAGAAGUGAAAGAAAACCAGUCUAGGUUACACACUGCCUUGCUGUCUGGAAAAAAGCAAAAGUCUCCACGUUCUGACCAGUGUAAGUGCAAUGAAUUCCUCUGCCAAAAUCACUUAACAUACUUCGGAUCAGAUAAAGAAAAAACAGAACUGACACAAAUAAAACAAAGGAUACUUGCAGAUGUGCUCCCAAUUAAAAGUAAGACUGGUUACACAGAUGAGGUAAACACAAGCAAAAAUAUUUGUUGCUCAGUAGAGGAUCAGAAAAGAAAUAAAGUCACUGAUGAUAUUGCAAGUGAACAGUGUAAAAAACUUCUGUUUGACACUUUAAUUGCAUUUUCUCAAACAGGUCAACACAAAUAUAAAAGUGCCUUUGAAAAAGACAUGAUGAAUUAUGGCAAAGGCCUAAGACAAGAAGACAAUCAGAAACUGUUUCUCCUCAAAGAAAAUUCAGUUGCAAUCUUAUCUGAACAAUCAGGAAAGGCUUCUGAUGUUUCACUGUGCAAUUUCAAUAUGCUUUGCGUUCAUGGUUGUCACACAGUAGCAGAAAGAAUUGUAACUAAAUUUGUCGAUGAUGCAGUUAAGGAAUAUAAGAAGAUAAAAAGAAAACAUGGAUCAAAAGCAGACAAGAUAUUUCAUUCAUCUUCAGAGACUUCUCCAACCACUUUGCCAUUCCUUAUAAAAAUCCUUGAUGCUGGUGUUUUUGGAAGCUCUGAAGACCUUGAUCAGCCUAAUUCUGACCAACAUACACUGGGGAGACAAACCCAAAAGCAAUACUUGUACAAAUUAGAUCAGUGGCACUCAGCUCCUUGGAAGAAAACUGUGGAAGUUCCUCUUGUGGUACCGCAUUACAGUUCACAUGUUAAGAAAUUAUCUGCACAUGCUGUAGAACAACUAUGGACGCCAGAAAACAUGUAUUCAAAUUUCAGGAGAAACAGUGUGCCAAGGCGCUUUGAAUGUAACGAUCUCCCAGGGAAUGACUUGGAAACAGAAAGCAAGAGGAUGUAUAAUCAGGUUAUAUUUGAUUUGACCCAUGAGUUGCUAUGCGCAGAAAAUCAAGGGACUGCAAAUCCGAAUAAAUUUCAGUGGAUGAAAGAUUUUGGAUCUCGCUGUUCCAGGGGCCUCUGCAGAACAACAGACGUCGAUGAUGUCAAGACGUUUGUUCAGGGUGAAAUUAUUAAAAUAAUGAACCUGGAAAAGAAUGACUUAGAAAUGAAAAGAAAAAUCCUUAAUAUGACCAAGUAUGGAAACUGUAAGAGAGACAGAGUGGACCUUAUUCUGAUUCAGGAGCUCUGCAAAGAAGAAUCUCAGUGGACUUACUAUGAUGAUGAUGAAUUAACUGUGAAGAUGAGAAUGACUGAAGAAGUAUUUGAUGGUUUGAUCCUUGAUACAAUCAGAGUUCUUAAUAAGAUUUAUCUGAGAAAAGCCUGCAAUUAGAAGUUUUCCUUUAAAAUUCCUCUAUUAGGGCUUUUUAUCUCUGGUUUGUGGUUUUUUGGUUGGUGGUUGUUUGUUGUUUGUUUUUGUUUGGGUGUGGGUUUUUGUUUGUUUUUGGUUUGGUUUGUUUUUUUAAGGCAAAAAUGUACCUUUUAAGAAUUUUAAUUCUGGACUUGUACCCAAUACCGGUGUGGCCUUGGCCUAAUUUAUAUGUUCAUGUUUACAAUGAAAGAAUGCAAGCAGAGACUUAAGCAGAUAGAAAAAUAUUACAUAAAAUAUUCUUCCUGUGUUUUGUGCUUUUAAGAUCAAUGUUCUUAGACUGGUGUCACACAGAAUCUAAACGGUGGAAGUUUUAUUCUUGUCUGUUGGGUGUUUUUUUUUUUGAUCAAGGGGGCACUUUAUUCACUUCUGCAUUUCAAAAGCACAACAUGUUUUAAAAUUGUAUACAAGCCUAUACAAACAGGGUUCAAAACCAAUUUAUGUGUAAAUUAUCUUAUUCUUUUUUAUCGUGUUCAGGGUGUGAAUGAUAAGUGAAUCAUAUAUUGAAAAUAAUGUUCAGAAAAUCAUAGGUAAUUGUCUUAAGAACAUAAAUAUGCAGAUGGAAUUAAAUCUCCCAGAAACUGAACUGCUGUGGACCUCUGCAGUUUAGAACAAACUCAUCUAAUUGGAACAAGUCUAAAACUCUUCCUGAUGGGUACAGCAGAGUCACAAAGGUGACUGUGCGCCAGAUAUUUUUUUUAUACACUGUGGAAUUAGUUAAAAGUAGCCCGGAGAUGACUUCAGAGAUGUGGCGUAUGGAAUGAGCUUGCCCUGGCAGGAUCUAGAGCCAGACAUCCAGUGUUAAUGCCUACAACUUUAUAUAAAUGAGACAAAUAUCAAGGAAAUGCACUUUAAAUGGGAUAUUUUUCUAUCAGCAACUCCAAUUUCUGAAAAUUAUAUAUGUACAUGUGAUUUAGGUUAUUUAUCAUGCAAUUCAUGAGUCAUUUGAAUCCUUGCAACAUCUCAAUGUAAGGUGCUGAGGAUGAACUUCAAAUGGCAAAACAGGAAAUCAAUCAUCCUAUUUUGUAUUGGCAAAAUUUGAAAAGUCAAGAUUUUAAUAUGGAAAUAUAAGCUAAUUGUUCACCUAUUUUGCAUUAAAAGAAGACCAAUGAUAUAUUUUUAUUUGUUAGGUUUUUAAAGAAUAGAUACUAUGCAAAUAUUUCUUACUGGAAUUCAGAAACUGUUCAUUAUUGAAUAACUGAAUGUAAGUAGAUCUGAUUUAUUCAAAUUCCAUUCAUUCAGGAUGUAUUUCAAAUAAAAUUAAAAACAGGACAAUUAAAUAUAAAUUAUGUGUAAACUUAUGUUUAAAAUCACAAGACUUACAAUCUGGUUUUGGUGGGGAAAAAUAGAAAAAUAUUUUAUGUUCCUAUUUUUAAAUACUGAUGGCUUAACUGUUUUCAUACUGAAUUGUUUAUUUUCUGAAUAAACAAAAUAA